AUGGUCUCCAGAACAGAGGCAGUGUACCUUGAUGAUGCCACGCUGCGGACAUUGACCACGGAAGUUCUAUCCUCCCAGUCAAUACCUUCGCUCUCUGAAGAGGAAAGAAUCUUAGCCAAAAAUGUGCCCGCAGAAUAUAAUGCAAUCACCAUGCACCGGACUAUCUUUUACGCACAAGGUGGCGGACAGCCCAGCGACACCGGCGCAAUUGGACCAGUAGACCAAGAUCCCAUAUUUGAAGUCUCACUGGUACGCAAGACGCCCGACGGACGGUUCUUGCAUUUUGGAAAAUUCCUAGACGCGGCCUCUUCCUUCGUCACAGGCCAGCCUGUCGUGCAGAAGGUCGAUGACUCAAAGCGCAACUACCAUUCCCGGCUCCAUACAGCUGGUCACAUCGUUGGGUUGGCCAUGCAGCUUCUGAUGCCGGAUAAGAAAAAGGUCAAGGCGAAUCAUUUCCCCAGGGAAGCUUCUAUGGAGUAUGAGGGUUUGCUGUAUAAUGAGCACAAGCCGGUUAUCCAGGAGAAGGUCGAUGAGCUUGUACGACUGGAUCUGCCCAUCCUCAUUUCCUGGCUGCAGGGUGUCGUGCAAGCUGGGAAUGGGGAGGGUGCUGAAGAAGGUCGUUCCCAUGAUGGUCGUACUCGAAUUGCGAGUAUAGGUGGGCUCGAUCACAAUCCUUGUGGUGGUACUCAUGUUGCGAGGACGAGCUUGGUUGGGUCUGUUGUUAUUCGCAAGAUCAGUCGGCAAAAGGGGAUCAGUCGGGUAUCUUAUGAUGUUUCUCCGGGGAUUGCGGUAUAG